AUGUCUACUGUCUCUAAGAGAAGCAGUGGAAGUCAACAACAGUCUGGUCCACCAAAGAAGAAGGUUGAGGUUACUCCAGGUACCAGUGCUGCUGGGCCAUCGACACACAGAGCAGCAGUACCUCCGCCACCUCCGCCACCACCAAGAGAUCCGGAAGUCCUACCAGACGCUCAAUUGUUUGACGAUUCUGAUUCAUCCGACUCGAAUUCUGAUUCUGGAAGCGAGAACCUCUUUGACAACGACAUGGCUCGACCGAAAGAUAAGCUCGACUCUGAGGAAAAGAAAGUCAUAUGUGCUGUGUCCUACUUAAGGGGAAGCGCAUACACUUGGAUCCAGAGACGGGUUGAUCAAUACAUCUUGAAGAAAGGAGACGUUCCGCACGAUAUCAAAAGGAUCUUCCAGAGCUAUUCAGUAUUUAUGGGAGAAAUAGAUCAGUACUUUCAGCGAGUUGAUGAAGCUCAUCUAGCUGAAAAGAAGUUAUUGGAACUACACCAAAAGUCAGAUGCAAGUUCCUAUACGGUCGAAUUUGAGAAAUGGGCGGCAAUUUUAAAAUGGAACGACGACGCACUUCGAACAAAGUUUUUUGCAGGGCUCAAACCAGAAGUCAAAGCUCAGCUACGGCUUAGGGAGAAAGAGAUAUCUACCCUUACUGAGCUCAUUGAAUCUGCAAUUAGGGUCAAUUCCAUCUUAUUUAAAAAUAAACUUGACAGGCAAGGAAAGACGCCCAGAUACCAACCCAAUCACGGGAGACCACGACAUUCUACAGAUUACUAUGGACCGCAGCCUAUGGAGAUUAAUAAGCUCCAGAAAGGCGAUCAAGCCCCGAGAAAGCCCAAGAAUUUUAAGAAAAAUUCGGGAAAUUGUUUUAAGUGUGGCCAACCAGGACAUUUUGCUCGAAAUUGUUCGAAGCCUAAGAAAUAA